AUGGCGACUAAGCUUUCCCUCUUCCGACCAAUCACACUCUUUCCCCCGCCGCAUUUCGCCGCCAAGCCCCGCUUCAUCGCAGCCCUCUCCUGCAGCGGCAAUUCCCCUCUCUCCUUCUCAUACGGCCCCUCCCUCCACAAAGGCCACUCCCCUCUCCCUCUCGACUCACCAAUUCCCCCCUCCCCCUCCCUCGACGAAGCCGCCUUCACCCGAGUCUUCGACAUCUCCGCCCUCCGCGUCCCUUCCGCCAUCUGCUCCACUCUCGAAAACCGCCUCCGCGGCCACCUCCUCAACUGGUCCCGAGUUAGGAACAUCGCCAGAGUCCCAGGCGACGAAAUUAGGUCAAUUUUGCCCCAAUCCGACGAAUUAGAAGAUGAAUCGCUGGUGGCGCUGAACCGCAUGUUGUACGGGAUGGCGGAGGGGGACGGAGAGUGA